GCAGUCACUGCAGAGAGAAUAGCAUUUUGAGAAAUUUUCCAGUCACAAUUGAUAGAAGAAAAAGCAGUAGAGAAGUACAUCCUCUUGUGUGUGUACCUCCGUGGUCUGCUGUUUAUAAUUCAGCUUAGUGAUGAACCCACCAUUAUGUCUUCAGUCAGCGAAGUAAAUGUGGAUAUCAGAGAUUUCCUGAUGAGCAUUAAUUUGGAGCAGUAUCUCUCGUGUUUCCAUGAGUCUGGUUAUAACACUGUGAAGGACUGUGAGGCGAUAAAUGAUAGCGUGUUGCACAGGAUUGGAAUAUCACCUACAGGCCACCGCCGGCGGAUUCUUAAACAGUUACAAAUAAUCUUAUCAAAAAUGCAGGACAUCUCAAUAUAUGCAAACAUUCAUAAAACAAAGAAAAAUGACACUUCAAAGGAUCACCAGGCUCCUUCUUCUGAUCAGCAUACUUGUGUAGAUCGUUCAGAUGCUGGUAGCGUUCCCACAACCAGCCCACCACAGUUAGACACUGUUACAAAAAAUCUUGAUGAAAAUGAUGUUACUGUGGAAAAUAGCCAAUCUCUGCGAUCAGAUGAUAAACUGUCUCCUAACAGUGACCUUCCCAUUUCAGAAGAACUACAUCCCAACUUGGAGUCUGUUCAUGAUAGUGAAGAUAUUAACAUAGAAUCUGCGAUUAUGAAGAAGACUGUGGAUUGCACAAUUGAAGAACCACAAACAGAAAAAGUUAAUUUGAUCUCAGAAAAUCUCAGUAAGCUUCCUGAGGCAGACCCUGAAUGUUUUUCUUUUAAGAAAUCUAUAAGGAAUGAAUUUUUGACCCGUGAAGAAACUCUCAAAGGGGAACCAGCGGUUACUGGCACCUCUUUUAUCAUCAGAUCAAGCAUAUAUGAUAACCGGAAGGAGACAGUAAGUGAAGACAAAGUGGAAGAUAUUUGGAUACCUCGACAGGACAAAAACAGUUUUCUGAUAGACUCUGCUUCUGAAUCAGAGUACUCAACAGUAGAAGAAUGCUUUCAGAGUUUAAAAAGAAAAAAUUCAAAGGCAUCUAAAUCUAGGACUCAAAAAGCAUUGAAUCUGGACCCUGGUAAUAGGAAUAGUUAUCCGUUAAGCUCCUGCAGUGGAAAUGCCAAUUCAUCAACCAUAUCCUCAAGUGCAAUUUCUCCAUACGCCUGUUUUUAUGGAUCAUCCGCAAGGAAAGUUAAAUCAGGAUGGCUUGACAAACUCUCUCCUCAAGGAAAACGCAUGUUUCAGAAGAGAUGGGUGAAAUUUGACGGACUUAGCCUUUCUUACUACAAUAAUGAGAAGGAGAUGUAUUCAAAAGGAAUAAUUCCACUUUCUGCUAUGUCAACAGUACGAGGUCAAGGAGACAACAAGUUUGAAGUUGUUACAACACAAAGAACUUUUGUUUUUAGAGUAGAAAAAGAAGGAACUUGCUAUGAUCCCACGUUCCUUCUAACUGUACUGUGGGGUCUUAAGUUUGAUGUUGAGGCAGAUCUCAAGGUUUUAAGUAUACUGUUAAAUGCACUGAAAUCAGAGUCCCUCACCUCUCAGUCUCAAGCCGUUGUUACACCUGAGAAAUGUGGGUAUCUUGAAUUGAGAGGAUAUAAAGCCAAAAUUUUUACUGUGUUAAGUGGAAAUAGUGUCUGGCUUUGCAAAAACGAACAGGAUUUUAAGAGUGGGCUCGGUAUUACCAUAAUUCCUAUGAACGUAGCAAACGUAAAGCAAGUGGACCGGACUGUAAAACAGUCUUUUGAAAUCAUCACUCCCUACAGGAGUUUCAGCUUUACAGCAGAGACUGAAAAAGAGAAACAGGACUGGAUUGAAGCUGUGCAGCAGUCGAUCGCAGAAACUCUCUCUGAUUAUGAGGUGGCCGAGAAGAUCUGGUUCAAUGAGUCCAACAGGAGCUGUGCAGACUGCAAAGCCCCAGACCCUGACUGGGCCUCCAUCAAUCUCUGUGUUGUCAUCUGUAAGAAGUGUGCAGGACAACACAGAUCUUUGGGACCAAAAGAUUCCAAGGUUAGAAGCCUAAAAAUGGAUGCCAGCAUUUGGAGUAAUGAACUCAUUGAGCUUUUUAUUGUCAUUGGAAACAAAAGAGCAAAUGACUUUUGGGCUGGUAAUCUCCAAAAGGAUGAAGAAUUACACAUGGACUCACCAGUAGAAAAGAGAAAAAGCUUUAUCACUCAGAAAUAUAAAGAAGGAAAAUUCAGAAAGACCCUUUUGGCAUCUCUCACCAAAGAAGAAUUAAACAAGGUAAGAGGUUUUGUAAGAGCCAAAUAUAACUUGUGGCAUCUUUUUAUUCAUGUGUGCUGUAGGCCCAUCUUUCUCUUUGAGAUCUACUUACCCUCAGAACGUGUGUUUUUAUUUGGAGCUGAAACAUCUCAAGCUCAGAGAAAAUGGACCGAGGCAAUAGCCAAGCAUUUUGUUCCCUUAUUUGCUGAAAACUUAACAGAAAGCUGCACAUCCAUUUACCAAAAUACCUAUUAUUCAUCUUUAAUGAAAAAGUUGCUGGUUAUGAACAAUGUGAAUAACUCAGCUGUGUUACCAGAAACAGAAAAGAUAACACUAUACAUCCAUGGCCAUACCAAGUUGGAUUUCACAGUCUGGCAUACUGCGAUUGAGAAAGCAGCAGGCACAGAUGGGAAUGCUUUACAGGAUCAGCAGCUCAGCAAAAACGACGUGCCCAUCAUCGUGAACAGCUGUAUCGCAUUCGUUACGCAGUAUG